AUGACUAAAAAAUCACGCAAAGAUGAAAAAGAAUGUGCGACCACCGGUCAUACGGCCGAAAACGCUAAUUUAAAAAACUGCAAAGACAAGAAUCUGAUCAACAAUGUAUUGGGCUAUGAUAAUGGAAGUUUAGAUGCGCUACAAGGCCAUUGCAAUGGCGAAGAAGCGGGCAAGCAGGAAGGGAUCGAUUUUGAUGGGGCUGAAAUGCUUGACGAGGAGUACUCUGAGAUGACCGGCUCAACGGCCUCGCUUGAAGAUGAACUUUUUGCAUCUUCUUCGAUGACAUCCAGCUCGGUUGAGGAGCAACUUCCCGCUUUAUGGGCUGAUUCUGAAAGCAUGGAAGAACAUGAUCUGUGCUACCUCAAGGACAAACAACCGGAUGAUUUAAAUGUAAGCUGUGUGGAGAAGAAGGAAGUGCAGAUCAUGAACAAAUUGUUCAGAUGUAAUACGAGGGUAAUACGCAUGAUGGCUAACGAGAAGUAUCUGGUCGUUCUGGAUGCACGAGGGUAUCUGUACAAAUUUGAGAAGGAUGGUCAAGAUUUGUUUAAGCUGACAAGGUCGUUCAAGAUGGACAAGUACUUUGUUGUGGACAUGUUGGUUACCGGUGAUAAGUUGGUUCUGGUAUCCAACAAGACCGGUAUUCUAAAAGAGAUUGAUUUGUGCACGUUUGGCAUAGUGGAUAUACGCACAAAUAUCAGGUAUUUUGACCGGGUGUUCGAACUACAGGACCACAUUUUUCUUGUAAACAGAGACAUUGUCCUCGUUUUGGAUGAGAAGUAUCAAAAGAAAAAGAUUUAUCACUUUGACGCUGUGCUAGACAUAAAAUUUGCGGACGGUAGGUUCUAUUUUUUGAACAGUAGCGGGUUUUUUGUUGUUCAAGGUGACAACAUAGCUAAGGUUGUCAGGAAGGAAUAUUUUAAUUUGACCUGUAUUCUCAUCCAUGACGAUCAUUUGUACCUGGGAACUGAGUAUGGCCUGAAAAUAGACGAAAGGAUGAAGAAGUACGGGCCGAUAAAAAUGGUUGACGUGUUCAACGACCAUGUUAUUGUUGUGUCAGAGGAUGCUUUGAGGUUAUUAAGCGAUGAUUGCACCCGUACAUGGAAGAUGAAUGUUGGUUGUGCGGUCUUCUUUCAUAACAGUGUAGUUUUUUCAGAUGGCAAGUUCUUGGGCGUUCUUAGAUUUUAA